AUGCCCUCUCUUCGUUCCGGUGCGCGACUAUUUCAGUCACUGCGCACGAGUCCGUCCCAAUUGAACACGACAUUAUCUCGCCGUUUUUCCGACAAGUCUGAUUUAGCAGACAUUUCCUCUAUGAUUGGUGCGCCAAACUGGUCUGUCAAGUCGCUGCUACCGAACCCGGCAUCAAAGCCACCUCCAUCAAUCACACCGAAGGAACUCCACCAUCUACUGCGCAUCUCAGCCCUUCCCCAGCCCGCUAGCCCAGAGGAGGAGCAGUCAAUGCUCGAUACACUGGAGUCUCAAAUUCAUUUUGUCAAGGAGAUCCAGCUUGUCGAUACCACCGGCGUGGAACCACUUCCGAGAAUUCGUGAUGAAACUUCCGACGCAGUGAAGGAACAUACAAUUGGGGUCGAGCAACUUAAAGAGUACCUGGCCAAGGAACAUACGUCUGGGCGACGAGGCAAAAUCCAACGUAUCGUAGGUGUCAAGAAUGAUCGCCCGGAUGGGGAAGCAUGGGAUGGAAACGCACUCAAAUCCGCCACCAAAACGAAAGGGAAAUACUUCACGGUGGAAAUAGGCAACUAA